UUUUUGCCGGCUGGGGGCGGACCGGGCUGCGGGCAGUGCUGUGAAGAUUUCUACCAAGCAUCGUGUCUGCUUCGCACUUGGGGUGCCAGUUCCACCGAGCGGGGCGGGGACCGCCUGGGGGCAGCAAUGAAUGUGGAUCACGAGGUUAACCUCUUGGUGGAGGAAAUUCACCGUCUGGGUUCAAAAAAUGCCGAUGGAAAAUUAAGUGUGAAAUUUGGGGUCCUAUUCCGAGAUGACAAAUGUGCCAACCUCUUUGAAGCAUUGGUAGGAACUCUCAAAGCUGCGAAACGAAGGAUCAUUACAUACCCAGGAGAGCUACUUUUGCAAGGUGUUCAUGAUGAUGGCAUUAUAUUGCUGCAAGAUUAAUGUGGUUUGCAUAGCUUUGUUUAUUGGUUUUUGUUUGUUUCUGCUAAACUGGAAAUAUUAUGUCAAAGGACAAACACACGAGCAUACUUAGUGUAUUUUUGUAGAACUUUGUAACAAAAGGAGACUCAUUUUAGAAGUCUGUCCUUUUUUAUAUCUUGAAAGCAAUCUUAUGUAUUACACUGUAAGACAAACAAAACCUAUUCUUUUCUCAGGAAUCUGGUUGGGAAAUGUAGGCAGUGAGGCUUUUUGGUGCAGGUACAAGAGUGUUUCAUAAAUCAUUCUUAGACAAUUUCUACAGAUACUUGACAUUCUGUGAAUCACGAAGCAAACUUGAAGACCAGCUCCCACAAGGAAUAUAACGUUUAUGUAAUAAAAACAUGGAACUCUCUUAA